AGUUCAGUAACAACUCACAGAGCAAACUUCAUCAGGAGAUCUGUCUCUUCCGCUGUAUUGAUACUGACUAGAGUGAAGCGGAUAUCUCAUUGAAGUGGGAGGAGAACUACAACCACACCAUGAAGUAUAUCUUGGUAUCUGGUGGCGUGAUUAGCGGCAUAGGGAAAGGAGUAAUCGCAAGUAGCAUCGGGAUGCUCUUAAAAGCCUGUGGUCUCAGGGUCACUUCGAUCAAGAUAGAUCCAUACCUGAACAUCGAUGCGGGAACGUUUUCGCCGUACGAACAUGGUGAAGUAUUUGUAUUGGACGAUGGCGGCGAGGUCGAUCUGGAUUUGGGAAACUACGAGCGAUUCCUGGAUGUCAAGCUACACCGAGAUAACAACAUCACAACUGGCAAGAUCUACCAGCAUGUCAUCUCAAAGGAGAGAAAGGGAGACUAUCUGGGAAAGACUGUACAAGUUGUGCCUCAUAUCACCAAUGCCAUCCAAGAAUGGGUAGAGAGGGUUGCUAAGAUACCGGUAGAUGGUGAUGAUCAGGAACCUGAAGUCUGCAUCAUUGAGCUUGGGGGUACGAUUGGAGACAUUGAGGGUAUGCCCUUCGUGGAGGCCUUCAGGCAGUUCCAGUUCAGGGUGAAGCAGGACUUCCUAUCUAUCCAUGUGAGUCUGAUACCUCAGCCCAAGUCAACGGGAGAACAGAAGACCAAACCCACACAGGCCAGCAUCAGAGAGCUGAGGAGUCUUGGUCUGUCACCAGAUCUGAUUGUUUGCAGAAGUCACAACCCAGUGGAUGAUGGUAUCAAGGAGAAGAUCUCCAUGUUCUGCCAUGUUCCUCCUGAACAGGUGAUCUGUGUUCAUGACUGCUCAUCUGUGUACCGAGUACCUCUUCUGCUAGAAGAACAGAAUCUCAUCUCGUUCUUCAAGAACAGACUCACCCUCCAGUUCAGACAGAGACCGAGAGCAGUCCUUUCAAAAUGGAGGGAACUUGCUCACAGGUACGAGGCACCAUCAAAGCAAGUCACCAUCGCUCUUGUUGGGAAGUACACAAAGUUAGAAGAUGCCUACAUCUCAGUAACUAAGGCCCUCAACCAUGCUGCCCUUGCUUGCAAACACAAACUCAAUCUCAAGUAUAUUGAAGCUGAUGAUUUAGAAGCAGAAAUCAAGACCUCAGAUCCUGUCAAAUACCACGAGGCAUGGCAGAAACUAUGCAGUGCUGAUGGUAUAUUAGUACCUGGUGGUUUUGGUAAUCGUGGUAUCGAAGGCAAAGUAGCAGCAGCACACUGGGCAAGAGUUAACAAGAAACCAUACCUUGGUGUAUGUUUGGGUCUUCAAGUAGCUACUAUUGAGUUUGCUAGGAACGUACUUGGUUGGGAAGACGCACAUUCAGAAGAGUUUGAUCCAAAAUCAAAACACACUGUGGUGAUUGAGAUGCCUGAACACAACACAGGUCAGAUGGGAGGUACAAUGAGAUUGGGAUUGAGAAAAACACUCUUCAAGACUGACAAUUGUGUUAUGAAAACCCUGUACAACAAUGCUGAGUACAUCGAGGAGAGGCACAGACACAGAUAUGAGGUUAACCCCAAUGAUGUGGGAGAGUUUGAGAAGAAUGGAAUGAAGUUUGUUGGACAGAGUGAAGAUGGACAGAGGAUGGAAAUUAUGGAGCUAGUUGAUCACCCGUACUUUGUCGCCGUACAGUAUCACCCGGAGUACAUCUCUCGUCCCAUGAAGCCCUCACCGCCAUACCUUGGUCUGAUCCUCCAAUCAAUCAAUCGUCUCAACCAGUACAUCGCCAGGGGAUGCCGUCUGUCUCCCAGGAAUUCAUUCAGCGAUAACGAGUCUUCCGACACCGAGGAGGAGAUGGCCCACCUGAGCGCCAACGCCAAGAGGAUGCAUUAUGAGGUGACUCCAUAGCAACUAAAAUGGCUGCCAUGUUCACCGAGUUAGUCCACUGUAUUAUGAUCUGUACUAAAUGAAUUAUCUCGUAUUUUGUAUUUCCGAUUGAUUUGUCCUCCAAAGAUGUUUUCUUAAUGAAAGCAUCCUAGAUGUUUUGUAAUUUAUCCUGUUUUUGCUCUAUGGGUAACCACCACCGAAACCAAGAUGUCUGCCUGUACUAUUUAGUAUAUCUAUGUUUAAAUCAGUUAAGUUAUCUUUUGUUGCAUAGAAUGUUAUUGUUGCUCUGUUGCAUUGGCUAAUAAAAUGAUCAUCUUUCACAGUGUACGUCAUUUUGUUCUUCUCAUGCACAAGGAGACUGAUCCAUAGCAACCAGGGGGCGUUUCAUCAAACAUACACCCAGAAAGCUUGUUCAGAUCUAAAGUAGUAGCAUUGUAAUCUUAGUUUCCAUAUGUCUUAAACAUAAAAAUGAUAUGGCCUUGAAACUUCAUUGAAUUAACAUUCGGUUUGUGUUGAUAAGAUAUAUUGCCUCUUCGGCAAUUGUUUUUUUAUGUGGAGUGUUUUUUUAUUUCAGACAAUAAAAAUGACUUAUAUCGUCAUAACUUUAAAUAUCAGUUUGUGUAAACCAUAAUCUCAUAUUUUAUCCUUGAUCAAGCCAUUCAGGAGUACGGUACAUGUAAAGGUAAUAAAAGUGUCAACUUGACCAUUUUCUUGACUCUUCAUUUUUUCAUUCUCAAUGUGGCACUGUGUAUUAGUCAUAAAUAAAAUUGGUGAAUUUUUGAACUUUGAACUUUAUUUGCAAAUUUCUGUCAACCUCUUUCGGGGUAUGAGAAAUACAGAUAUUUAACAUGUAUAAUACAUUGUAUGAGAACAAAAAGAUGGCAUAAGAAAAAACAUUGAAUUAUAACACACCAUUUACACUAUGGCAGUUAACAUGCAUGGUAAAGAUUGACAAUUCACAGGGCAUGAUAUUUCCCCCUCAUCAUUGGUGAUGACCAAAUACCUAAUUGUGCUGUAUCUGGUAGCCCUGUACGUAAAUACAUCAUCAUUUUCAUUUAAUUGGUAAUAGAAUCCCCCCUCAUUAAUUAUGAGCUGUAUCGAGUUCCUCUAUAUUCCAUUUGCCCCCCACCCCCCGUCAUGUGGAUGAUUACAAAGUUUGUGAAUAUGUCAUCCAGGAAUGCAAAAGGCAUUUUCUUGUGUGUGAAUUGGAUGGAUAAUGAUGAAUAAUGAUUAUUUAUGCAAUGUUGAUUAUGCUAGUUUAGAUUCUGAUAUUAACACUUAUGCCCUUAUGCUUCGGUGUUUGAAAUACAUAUUUAUAACAUCCAACUCCCUGAUCAGUACAAUAUAAUGUAUUCAGUUUUCAUACUAGCUGUGAUUUCUAUUUACUGGUUUAUACUACUUUAACUAGAAGGUUGACUAGAAGGGAUUAGUGGGAAUAUUUAUUACUCAAUAUCCUUUUCAUAAAAGAAGAUCUUUUUUUGUUUGUUUUCAUCAUUUCAUUUUGCACAAAUAUACUAUACACUUGGUUGGGAAAGAAAUAUAUGUGCUGUAUACUUUGCUGAA